AUGCUAAAAGACUUUUUCUUAUUUUGUGGUAAAAUCAAAGAAUUCGAAUUAAGAAAGGAAGAAGGUAGCGAUAAACAAACUGCCUAUAUCACAUUUGAAAAAGAAUCUGCUGCAAAAACUGCCCUGAUGUUGACAAAAGCUGUUAUUGGAGACUCUAAAAUUAUUGUCCAACCUGCUGACGAUGCAUGCAACGAUGAAUGUUUAGAUGGAGGCGAAGGGUAUGAUGGUCAAGAAGGAAAAUCAAAGUUAGUCAUAUUGGCCGAAAUUCUGGCCGCUGGUUAUCAAUUACAAGAUACCCUCCUCGAGAAAGGUGCUGAAGUUGAUGCUAAAUAUGGUCUUAGCACAAUUAUCAAGCAUUAUUUUACCUUUUUCCAAGCAAAUCUUGCAGCAAUUGAUGACAGAUAUAAGGUAACCGAUACUGUACGCGAGUUAGAUACUAAGUAUGCCGUUCAAGAUAAGGUCAAGAAAACCGUAUCUCAGGCUCAAGACAAAGCGCACUGUGUUCUUGAUUCGAACACCGGUAAACUUGCUCUUGACAUUUAUGAAAAAGUGACGAAACAAGUUGGUGACCUUCAUUGUAAGGCAAGGCAAAUCGCAAAUGAGAAAAAAGCAGCUCUACAAGUUGAUAAUACCAUUAUCGAAGCUCAUUAA